GACAAGCUGGAAGAUUCGCAUUCGUGCAACCCAUCUCCUCCCUAUUGCUACCCUGGCACCUCAGUCAGAGCUCCAUCCAAGUCUCUAACUUCAUCUUCAGUGUCUAGACUCCGCUGGUUCCUGUCCUAAAUCCUAUCACAGCUGGGAUUCCGUUCUGCCAUGAUUGGUCAUUGGAGUAUAAUCGCUAAACACAUUAAUUUUUCAAUGUCAAAACAUCCUGUUCAGUACUUUCAAUUGCUCUUUUAUUAUUGAACUAUUUAAGUUGGGAUACAUACAGUUCAACAAAUUAAAAAAGUGUUGAAAAAAGUACUGGUGAAGCAUCUUGAAGGAAGAAAUGUGGUUGGAAAUAAAUCCACAUCCCAUUACUGCAUUUAGAGACAACUUAAACAUUUGGUGAAAUUAAAUCAUAUAAGAUCAGCAGCAUAACUUGUCUCUACGUGUAAUAGUAAAAGUAAGAAUGUUUCCACACACAUCUACUCACAUGCAAAGAGAACUCAAGGGAUUGUAAGUGUGUUCCAAUAUGAUGGUGCUUGGACCGAUCUGGAUAAUGCUGCAGCCAGUAUGUCUCGUCAUCAGAGGUGCUCCUCCGUGGUUGGUGCAUCCAGGGUGGAUGGCUCGCACCGAUUGGCUGAGGACCGGGAGGCAGCGGAUAAGAAGAGACCGCCAGGGACUGCCAUUCAUUCAUCCUCCGCCCAACCCAGCCGGCAGACUGUUCACUAUGUCACUAUGUUGAUUUGAUGUUAGAGCAUGUAGGGGUGGACCGCCUUUUUUGUUUGAUUAGUUUUCUCCUGUUUUUGCUAGGUAGGGAGGAAAGUACUUGUCAUUUGGUUUGGUUCUUUUGACUAGGUAAGUUGUACUUAUUCCUGAGUUAGGCUACCUUUUGUUUGUUGUUUUGGCCUUGGGUUCACCCUGAAGUUAUAAUUUGCUCCCUUCCUUUGUUUAAAUGCACUUAUUGUAAAUAAAUCACUGUCACAAAGUAUUAAGUGUGUGACGUGCUGCUUGGGGUUGGACGGGGAUGGAUCACCCUUUAUGUUGUGGUCUGGCCGCGCCUAGACGGGCCAUAACAUAAUUGGGGGCUCGUUCCGUGUCUUUUCUCGCUUUUUGGUAGGUUGGGUUGGCGUGUCCUAUUCUGGUUGGCAGUUUUAUUUUUUGUGUGGGGGGGGUGUGAGAAUGGAUUUUUCACUUGAGGAUUUUGUGGUGGCACCUUCAUGGGAAAAACUUGACAAAUGUAAGAAGGUGGACCUGCUCAUUGUGGCUAACUCUUAUGAUGUGGGAGUGUCUUACAGUGCUCGCAAAGCAGAGUUGAAGGAAACCCUGGCUGAAAAGCUAGUGGAGAAAGGUGUGCUUCUACAACGGGGCGAUGCUGGAAACAAGCCAGUGAAGGAGGCAGAUGGCACUGCAUCUGAAACGGAUGCUAACGCAGCUGAUGCGUCUGCUGCUGGCACGGAGGCUGAUCGGGUUUCUGAAUCUAGUGAAGGUACGUCCACUGAGGAUCUGCGCCUCACGCUCCGCAUAAGAGAGGUGGAGACCCGCAACAGGCAGCUGGAAGUGCAGGCUAUGCAUCUCCGUAUCAGGGCUCUUGAGCUUGAAAAGGGCUCAGCUAGUGUUUCCCCAACGUCAUCAAGCACAAGUGCUUCCUCUUCUGCCAGUUUUGACAUAAGUAAGCACAUCAAGUUGGUUCCCCCGUUUCGCGAGUCUGAGGUAGACUCCUAUUUCAGUGCAUUCGAGCGCAUAGCCGCUGCUUUGAAGUGGCCGAAAGAGUUUUGGUUCUCUGAUGUGGUUAGUCCCCUAACUGAUCUUGUUAGCCCUUUAAAGCCUUUUAUUUGGUCUCCAGCAUGUCAGGUGGCAUUCGAGUCUGCCAAAGCAUUGUUGUGCAGUGCACCAGUGCUAGCUGCACCGCAAUUUGAGCGCCCUUUUAAACUAGAAGUAGAUGCCAGCUCGUGUGGUGCAGGCGCUGUUCUGUUACAGGAAGAUGGUCAUGGCGUAGAUCAUCCCGUCUGCUACUUUUCGAAAAAGUUUAACAGACACCAGGCCCAUUAUAGUACCAUUGAAAAGGAGGCUCUUGCCUUGCUACUUGCUUUACAGCAUUUUGAGGUCUAUGUUGGGUCAAGUGUUUUGCCUGUGCAGGUGUUUACUGACCACAACCCACUAGUGUUUCUUUCCCAAAUGCGCAAUUCCAACCAAAGGCUUAUGCGCUGGUCCUUGGUACUGCAAGAUUUUAACUUGGAGAUCAGUUACAAGAAAGGAAAAGAGAAUGUGUUGGCUGAUACUCUGUCUAGGGCACUUUCUCCUUGA